AUGAAGAAACUCUAUCGGAAGAGUACGGUCCACCCGACGCCGUCGGUCGUGUCGGAGCACCUCCUCUCCUUCCUACCGGCGGCGAUUCUGGCCCUCGCCGCCGCCCUGUCUCCGGCGGACAGGGAAGUACUCGCCUACCUCGUAUCCUGCUCCUCCGCCAGUCUCUCCAGCAGCAGCCGAAAGGGAGGCCAGAAAGCCUCCGCCUCCGCCUCCGCCUCCGCCGCACGCGGCGGCUCCAAGGGCGGCGACGACCACCCGCCGUGCUUCAGCUGCAACUGCUUCCGUUGCUACAUGAGCUACUGGGUGAGGUGGGACUCGUCUCCCAACCGCCAGGUCAUACACGAGAUAAUCGACGCCUUCGAGGAGAGCCUCUUGAAGGGAAGCAAGAAGGAGAAGAACCGGAAGGAAAAGAAGAAGGGCAAAAAUGUCAAGGUCAAUGUUAGCAGCGCUGGACUAUUGGAUGAGCCGAAGAGCCCUGAGACGGCCGCGGCUGUGUCGGCCUUCAAUUUCGUGGACUCAAGCGCAGCGGCGGGCGGCGGCGCCGGCAGGACUGGAAGCGGAGACGAGGAUUUAGAUGCGGAGGAGGAAGAAGAGGAGACGGAGAAGGGCUCUGUUAGGAGAUUUGUGAGUUUUCUGGGGGAGAGGAUAUGGAGCGUUUGGGGAUGA